UUUGCCAGUCAUGAAAGUGGUACAUUACAAGAGAAGGCCUCCCAGCUGAGACGUUCACCACAUACCCACUGUUAAGUCUCCAGCCUGAACUUGAAUUUCGAGUGAAAUUUGGAGCUGUGAAAGGUGUGUGGAUCAUGGGCUUCUUGCCGAUGAUGUACGCAUCACUCUCUCUGCUGCUACUAGGUUCACUAGGAAAGCUAAUGGUGCUAGCAUCUGGAGUUGUAACAAGCCACAACCCAGAAGGGAAUUGGGCACAUCCAUCACUUGCCACACUUGAUGGUUGCCCCAAGAGCUGUGGCAAUCUGAGCUUCGACUACCCCUUUGGCAUGGGAUCAAGGUGCUCUCGGGAUCCUGACUUCAGCCUCAUUUGCAAUGACACUGCUCAGCCUCCCAGGCUCUUCUUGUGCGACGGAAUCACCGAGGUGAUCGACAACAUCGUUGUUGGUAGCGGUGGGGAUUACUACCACACUCACAAAAGCAUCAGUACCUCCUUCUGGCGUACCAUCCCCAUGAAAUCUGGUGUCCAUGUCUACUACUUGUCUUUCCAACCUCCUGGUAGAUCCUUCAGCCGUGGGGAAACCAUUCUGAACAUCACUGGUUGCGACCUGGAUGUGUAUUGGGUCAACAACAACACACACAGAACAACAUGGAUCUGUACGACUGUGUGCCCGGACCAAGUUAUCACAGAGACCAUGGCUAGGCUCAAGUGCAGUGGCAUUGGAUGUUGCAGUUUUCCUGUCACUGGCCUGCUUCCUGAUGCUUUUCAACUCAAAUUUGUCCACCACCACGGCAAAACUAGCACUGGAACACGCUCAAACCAGACCUCUAUGCUGUGGGAUAGAAUCAGCAUAAGUGAUGGUGGCGGCGGCACAGUUUUGUGGAAUAUAGUGGAUCAACAAAAUUGUGCUAGCGCCAUGCGAAACAGGACAAGGUAUGCUUGUAUCGGCAAGCAUUCCUUGUGCGGCGACCAUAGCGUGACAUCAACUGACGGCUACAACUGCAUCUGCAGUGCCGGCUAUGCAGGCAACCCCUUCAUUCAAGAUGGCUGUUCCAGAGACAAAGGGUAUAAUCCAAUUCCGAGCAGAGCUAAUUGUACCCGUUGGUGUGGUAACAUUAGUGUGCCGUACCCAUUCGGCUUAGAAGAGGGUUGCUUUGCCAGGGAAGAAUUCCAGCUCAACUGUACAAAUAUGGCAUCAUCAGCUGUCCUAAUGUUUGGGCUUGACCAGGUUAUGGACCUGAAUGUUUACCAAGGGACCAUUAAGUCCAUCUGGCCUGACCAACAAGGUGCAUCAUUUUACCACAUAUUUAGCAGGCGUGCUCUUUUUGUUGGAUAUGGCUACUUCUAUUCUAUGCAGUGGGUUGCAGCUAAUCUAAGUUGCAUAGAGGCCCAACGGAAUAUAUCUGGUUAUGCUUGUGUAAGUACCAACAGCAAGUGUGUAGCAGUAGAUGGUGAAUGGAGCUACAUUGGGUACCGCUGUAAAUGCUCGGAUGGUUUCCGAGGAAAUCCAUACACCCAAAGUGGUUGUCAAGAUAUUGAUGAAUGCCUUCAACCAAACAUUUGUAAAGGGAUAUGCCAUAAUAUUGAAGGCAGCUUCUAUUGUACUGAAUGUCCUCACAAGACCGAGUACGAUAUACACAAAAUGCAAUGUACAACAACAAAACAACAUAUUCUGCUUUCAGGUAAGACUAAGUCAUGGUUAUGUUUGAUAAAAAGGAUAAAAAGAAACUUACAGAGCUUAAUGCCUUCACGUAUUAUCAUUGGGUCAUCUGGUGGCUUCAGCAUUCUAGCUCUGAGUUUUGGUACAGUAUUUCUCAUUCGUAUAUGGAAAAGAAAUGUUCAACGACAACUACGGAAGAAUUAUUUUCGGAAUAACCAAGGUCUUCUCCUAGAAACAUUGAUAUCAUCUGAUGAAAGUGCAAAUGACAAAACAAAGAUUUUCUCAUUAGAAGAGCUAGAGAAAGCAACAGACAACUUUGAUACGGCCCGCAUCAUUGGCUCUGGGGGGCAUGGCAUGGUUUAUAAAGGCAUGUUAUCUGAUCAACGUGUGGUUGCAAGAAAAAAGUCCAAGGUCAUUAAAAAGGCUGAGAUCACUCAAUUCAUCAAUGAGGUCGCUAUCCUCUCACAAGUAAAUCAUAGAAACAUUGUGAAGCUCUUUGGGUGUUGUCUGGAAACUGAGGUUCCACUGCUCGUGUAUGAAUAUAUAUCUUGUGGCUCACUGUCUCAAGUCUUAAAUGCUGACUCAAGCACUAGUUUUUCUUUGUCCUGGGAUGAUUACUUAAGGAUUGCCACGGAAACAGCAGGAGCACUAUCUUAUCUCCACUCAGCGGCUUCAAUAUCAAUCUUCCAUCGUGAUGUGAAAUCGUCAAACAUACUCCUGGAUGGGAACUACAGAGUUAAAGUUUCAGAUUUUGGUGCUUCUAGAUUGGUUCCAGUUGAUCAAACACACAUUGUUACAAAUGUGCAAGGUACAUUUGGGUACUUAGAUCCAGAGUACUUCCAUACCAGGCAGUUAAAUGAGAAGAGUGACGUGUAUAGUUUUGGUGUGGUACUAGUGGAGUUGCUUCUUAGAAUGAAGCCUAUCAUCAGGAGUGAAUCAGGCACAAUGCAGAACUUGUCACACUACUUUAUAAGGGCAUUGAACGAGGGAGGGAUCGCCGACAUACUGAACUCUGAAGUCCUUGAGGAAGCAACUAAGGAUGAGAUCAUCGAUGUUGCCAGUCUUGCAGAGUUGUGCUUAAGACUGCGUGGUGAAGAAAGACCCACCAUGAAACAAGUUGAGGUUGAGUUGCAGAUAUUACGAACAAGAAGGGCAAACUCAUGUCAAGCGAAUGUAAUAAAUGAAGAACAAACACAACCAAUGUUGUUAACUCGAGGAGUUAAAGUUGCUUUCCAGUCGUCAGCCACGUUAGUGGAUUGCAGAUACAACUUAGAGUCAAGAGACAGCCAAGGUUGCUACGACCUGCAGGAAGAGUUCAUGGCAUCAGCUAGUCUAGCACGCUAGAUGCGUUCAGUGAAUUUUAUAGUUGAUGAUUGAUUAUAUAUUUUCUUUUGCGAGCUCGCAACUGGGAUUGAAAUUUAAUCAAUCAAUAGUACAAUGCACUAGCUUGGUACUGUACAAGGUAGGGAGUGUUAAACACAUGAUAUGUUGCACCCCCGCGCACCAGGUAGUUCGGAUAGAUAGAUAGAGAUAGGUUUCUUUUCCUUUUCCUUUCUCUCCAAGUUCUAUCCCUUCCUUGAAUAUCUCCCUCUCAUAUGUAAUCUCAACAAUGUAUGCGCUAUGGUUGGGAGGUGCACCCCACGCUAUAUAACACG